AUGAAACGAGAGAUACCAAACCUACAGCUGAAGGUUAGCCCACACAUCAAUUCGAAGAUCCAUACCUGGAAGCGCGAGUACCAAACUCUGUCGCUCAUCCUAGACCGCAGCGGAGUCGGGUUCAACGCGAACAAUGACUUCAAGAUUGAGUGCAAUGACGAACAAUGGGCUCAAAUUGUGAAGGCUGAUAGCAAUGCGAAGACCAUGCGCAACAAGUCGUGGCCGUAUUGGGAGGAUUGGAAGACCGUCUUCGGGAAGGAUCGAGGUAAUGGCGUGGGCGCUGAGGAUGUCAGUCAUGCAGAUGACAUACUUCAUGAGAAAGAUGCCACGGUUGCUGACGAGUCAGAACCGAUCAUGACUCCUUACACACUAGAAGACUUCUUCACCGAGGAACAGAUCGAGGAAUGUGUCAAUUGUGAAGCUGCGACGGAGGUACUUGCGGGGGAUAGUGACACCAAAAGUGUGAGAAGUCCGGCCUCUACUAAGAAAAAAAGCCGCAAGAGGAAGGAGGAAGUGUUGGAGUCCAUGCUGGAGGUAAUGACGAAGAUACACGACGAUACUAGCGAUCGUCUCCAGACAUUAUCAUCACGCAUCGGGUACGACUUUGAUUUGAGCGCAAAGCGUGUUGAGAUUAGCAAAAUGCUUGACGAGAUACCUCUUCUCUCAAAGAAGCACCGGUUCAUGGCUUUAGACAUUCUUGUUAAGGAGCCGGAGCGAUUGGAUCUGUUCACCGGCUUCUCCUUGACGGACAAGUAUGACUACAUCCUCCAUAUUUUGGAGGAGAAGCACGGGAUAUGAAGCUUCGGCCUGUAUCUGCCGAUCCCCUGUUUUUGCAUUAUAUUAUAUGGGUGCAUGUUUUUUUAUGUUCAACCUUUUUGCCUUCUGUGGUUGA